CUUUUCUGAUGGUGAAAAUAGUUCCCUGAGAGAAGAUAGAGAUUCUAUGAUCGUGCAAGAGUUUAUAUUCCACAAUGCGACUCCGUACAGAUAUGACUACACAUCCCAGAGUGCAGAGCGCGGACGUGAUGACGUCACCAGUUACUAAGUAACAGAGAACAGGUCCUGAGCAGGUCGGCGUCCUUCCUCCAUCUAUCCACAAUGCCAGAGGUGAAGUCUAUGUUCCGGGAGGUGCUCCCUAAACAAGGGCAACUGUGUGUUGAAGAUGUCCCAACCAUGGUGAUGUGCAAACCAAAACUGUUACCCCUUAAAUCAGUCACCCUGACAAAGCUGGAAAAGAUGCAGCGAGAUGCCCAAGAGACAGUCAGGCAGCAGGAAACGGCUCAGAGGAACCUGCCUGAAACCCAACCGUGAGCCAUGUGGAUGCAGCAUCACAACGGCCACUAGUCUCUACAGUCCAUGUACACAUUUGUCUGCUGAUAUAUAGUUUUGUUCAUACUCCUUUCUGUAAGUUAUGUAUUGCUAUUAAAGGCUCCUGUGUCUAUUUUAGAUGUAAAA